GAGGUGCAUCUGGAUUUGACCAGAACAUCUAUAUAACUGCUUUGUCUUGCUGUAUCCCUUUGUCUUUCAAAUCAUCUCAUACCUUCGUUCUCACAGUAACUGAUACCUCGUUCAAUCAGUCUACCCUCCUAUCGUUACUUCACUCUCGCUAUCAAUCGCAGUGUUGAUACUAGCAGUAGUAUCUUGACUUAUUUCUUUUUGAAAAUGAAGUCUUUUAUCAUUGCUGGCCUUGUGGCUGCGGCCACUGCCCUUCCCCAGGCCUCUUCUGGUUCCGAGUGUGCGGCCUCGGUUGAUGGAACAUUCACCAUUACCACCGUCAAGGCUCCCGAGGCGGAGAAGAAGCGUGCCCUUGCCCGCCGCCAGUUUGAUGGUACCCUCAAGAUGACUCUCAAGGAUGGUGUAUUGAAGGACCAGUCUGGUCGUGAUGGAUACAUUGCUUCCAACUACCAAUUCCAGUUCGACGGCCCAGUCCAAGCCGACGCCCUCGACGUCGACGGUUUUGGCCUCUGUAGCAACAACUCCCUGUCGCUCAAGGGCUCCACGCUCUUCUACCAGUGCCUGUCCGGCGACUUCUACAACCUCUACAGCCAAUCCAUCGGUGAACAGUGCCUCCCCAUCAACAUCAUGGCCGUCAUGGUCAGCGACAGCGACAGCGACAGCAACACCAAAGACCCCGAAGUUACCCAAAUCUCCGACGGCCAGCCCCAAGCCUCUGAGCCAGCAGUAACCCAAAUCUCCGACGGCCAACCCCAAGCUUCCGCCCCAGGCUCUGCUCCUCCACCACUACCCCCAGUCACUCAGAUCUCCGAUGGCCAACCUCAGGCUUCCGCUCCAGGCUCCGCUCCCCCACCACCACCCCCCGUCACCCAAAUCUCUGACGGUCAACCUCAAGCUUCUUCCCCAGCUCCUGAGCCUCCGGCCCCCAUCGUCACCCCAGAGCCAGAGCCCGAACCAGAGACCACUCCUCCCGCCGUGACCCAGAUCUCCGACGGCCAGCCCCAAAUCACUGCUCCCCCCAGCAACCACAGCGCCACACACACUAUCCCUCCUCUCCCCGAUUUCACCGGUGCUGCGGCUACGUCGUCGGUCGCUGGCCUGGGUGCGCUUUUUGGUGGUGUUUUUGCCAUGUUUUUGGCCCUGUAAAGGGAACAUGAGAAUACGAGAUGAGGAUAACGAAGAUAUGUGGGGUGGUUAAUGGCUUUAUGAAGCGUAAAGGGGAAGAAAGAUGCAUGGUUUCAGGGGAGGGUUUUUUUAUUUGGUUAUGUAACGACACUCCUUUAUGAGAUUAUGUGUUUAUGAUCGUGGAGGUAAAUGAUUAUGAGAAGGGAGAUUUAAUUGGCAAGAGAGAAAAAGAGUGUAGAUAGUAAUGAAGUGAAAUGGAAAUGAGUAAAAGAUUUUUUUUCCAAAUAAAAAAAGAAUUAGUU